AUGCCCGGCGCGAUGGUGAACGGUGGUGGGGCGGCGGCCGAGGACGUGGUGCUGUCGGGCCUCUCGGGGCGGCUGCCCGAGUCCGGCAGCGUGGAGGACUUCGCGCAGCAGCUGUUCGACGGCGUCGACCUGGUCACGGCGGAUGACCGCCGGUGGACCCCAGGCCUUCACGGGUUGCCCGAGCGCAACGGGAAGCUGAAGGAGCUGUCGCGCUUCGACGCGACGUUCUUCGGGGUGCACGCGAAGCAGGCGCACCUGAUGGACCCGCAGCUGCGGCUGCUGCUGGAGCUGACGCACGAGGCCAUCGUGGACGCCGGCCUCAGCCCGGCCGAGCUGCGCGGCUCGCGCACCGGCGUCUACGUGGGCGUCUCCAACUCCGAGACCGAGGAGAUGUGGACCGCGGACCCCGACAAGAUCAACGGCUACGCGCUCACCGGCUGCUGCCGCGCCAUGUUCCCCAACCGCAUCUCCUACACGUUCGACCUCAAGGGCCCCUCGUACGCCGUGGACACGGCCUGCUCGAGCUCCAUGUUCGCGCUCGCGCAGGCGGUGGCGGCGAUGCGCGCGGGCCAGUGCGACGCCGCGGUGGUGGCCGGCACCAACCUCUGCCUCAAGCCGGCCAACUCGCUCAACUUCCACCGGCUGAGCAUGCUCUCGCCGGAGGGCCGCUGCGCCGCGUUCGACGCCGACGGGCGCGGCUACGUGCGCUCGGAGGCGGCCGUGGUGGUGCUGCUGCAGCGGCGCGGCGCCGCCAGGCGGCUCUACGCCACGGUGCGCGGCGCGCGCAUGAACACGGACGGCAGCAAGGUGCAAGGCAUCACCUUCCCCUCGGGCGACGUGCAGCGCCGCCUGGCCGAGGAGACCUUCGCCGAGGCGCGCCUGCGCCCGCACCAGGUCGUCUACGUGGAGGCGCACGGGACCGGCACCAAGGUGGGCGACCCGCAGGAGGUGAACGCGAUCGCGGACUUCUUCUGCAAAGACCGCAAAACACCCCUCUUGCUCGGCUCGGUCAAAUCCAACAUGGGACAUUCGGAGCCGGCGUCGGGGCUCUGUUCCAUCGCGAAGGUCGUGGUGGCGAUGGAGCGCGGCGUCAUUCCGGCAAAUCUGCACUACAAAACGCCAAAUCCUGAUAUACCGGCUCUUAGCGAUGGAAGAAUUAAGGUGGUGGACAAGAACACGCCAUGGGAGGGCGGGCUGGUCGCGGUGAACUCGUUCGGCUUCGGCGGCGCCAACGCGCACGAGGCGGCGCGCCGCCUGCUGCAGCUGGCCGCCGACCACCCGCGCGACGACCACCUGCACGCGCUGCUGGACGCCGUGCACGCGCACAACAUCCCCGGCCACUCGUUCCGCGGCUUCCGCCUCGUCGCGCCCGAGCCCGAGCCGCAGGCGCCGCCGCUCGAGGAGAUCGUGGAGAUGGAGAGCGGCGAGCCGCGCCCGAUUUGGUUCGUGUUCUCGGGCAUGGGCUCGCAGUGGGCGGGCAUGGGCCGCACGCUGCUGCGGCUGCCGGCCUUCGCCCGCAGCGUGGCGCGCUGCGGCGCCGCCCUGCGCCCGCACGGCGUCGACCUGCAGCACGUGCUGACCGAGGCGCCGGACUCGGCCUUCGAUGACGUCGUCACCUCCUUCGUGUCCAUCGCCGCCGUGCAGGUGGCGCUGGUCGACGUCCUGCGCGAGCUGGGCCUGCGCCCCGACGGCAUCGUCGGCCACUCCGUCGGAGAGAUCGGAUGCGCUUACGCGGACGAGACGCUGACGGCGGAGCAGGCCGUGCUGGCCGCGUACUGGCGCGGGCGCAGCAUCGUCGAUGCGAAGCUGCCGCCCGGCGCCAUGGCGGCCGUGGGGCUCGGCUGGGACGAGGCGGCCGCGCGCUGCCCGCCCGACCUGGCGCCCGCCUGCCACAACGCCACCGACAGCGUCACGGUGUCGGGCCCGGUGGACUCGAUCGAGAAGUUCGUGGCGGAGCUGAGUGCGGAGGGCGUGUUCGCGCGACGCGUCAACAGCUCCGGCGUCGCCUUCCACAGCAGAUACAUCGCGGCGGCCGCGCCGCUGCUGCGCCGCAGCCUCGAGCGCGUCAUCACCGACCCCAAGCCGCGCUCCUCCCGCUGGAUCUCCUCCUCCCUGCCGAAGGAGCAAUGGGACUCGGACAUCGCGCGGCUGAGCGACGCGGCGUACCACGUGAACAACCUGCUGUCGCCGGUGCGGUUCGCGGAGGCGCUGCGCAGCGUGCCGGAGCGCGCGCUGCUGCUGGAGGUGGCGCCGCACGCGCUGCUGCAGGCCGUGCUGCGGCGCGCGCUGCCCCAGGCCGCGCACGUGCCGCUGCUGCGCCGCGACGCCGCCGAGCCGCUCGCGCACCUGCUGGCGGCGGCGGGGCGCGCCUUCGCCCGCGGCGCGCAGCCCCGCGCGGGCGCGCUCUACCCGCCCGUGGGCUGGCCCGUGCGCCGCGGCACGCCCGGCCUGGCCUCGCACGUGCUCUGGGACCACUCUGCCGAGUGGAGCGUGGCGCACUUCGGCGCCGCCUCGCGCUCCGGCGAGAACGUCGUCGAGUACGACCUCACCCGGCCCGAGGACGAGUUCAUCGCCGGCCACAACAUCGACGGCCGCGUGCUCUUCCCCGCCACCGGCUACCUGAUGCUAGUCUGGAGGACGAUGGCUAAGAUACACAAUCGUAAACUAGAGGAAACGCCCGUCGUCAUAGAAAACAUUCAAUUCCGAAGAGCCACGAUCGUAUCCCGCGAGGCGCCCGUCCGCUUCCUCGUGAACAUUCUGGACGGCACCGGCGAGUUCGACGUGUGCGAGGGCGGCGGCGUGGUGGUGACGGGUCACGUGCGCCUGGCCGAUGAGCCCACCGCCGAGAGGCUGCCGCUGCCCGCCGCGGAGCCCGCCGCCGACGAGUCCGGCGCGCUGCCGCUGCUCACCGACGACGUGUACAAGGAGCUGCGGCUGCGCGGGUACAACUACGGCGGCCUGUUCCGCGGCAUCCGCACCUCGGACGCGCGCGGCACCGCCGGCACCCUCGCCUGGGACGACAACUGGAUCUCGUUCAUGGACACGAUGCUGCAGUUCGGCAUCAUCGGCGUGGACACGCGCGAGCUAUACCUGCCCACGCGGCUGCGGCGGGCCCUCAUCGACCCGGCGGCGCAGCGGGCGGCCGUGGCGGCGGCCGGCGGCGCGCUGCCGGUGCGGAUGCUGCGCGACAUCGACGUGGUGGUGGCGGGCGGCGUCGAGUUCCGCGGCGUCAAGACCAGCCUGGCGCCGCGCCGGGCCAACCCGCAGCCGCCGCCCAAGCUCGAGAAGUACGUGUUCGUGCCCUACGACAAGUCCAGCGUGGAGUCGGAGGACACGGCGCGCUCCAAACGCGAAGCGCUCACAGUUUGCCUGCAACUGGUGUUGGAGAACGCGGGCGCGCUGCGGCUGAAGGCGACCGAGGCGGCCCUGGAGCGGCCGGCCGAGGCGUUGCUGCUGCCGCUGGCGCUGCAGCUGCUGGACGCCGAGCCGCAGGUGCGCCUAGAGGCCAGCCUGGCAGCGGGCGCCGCCGCCGCCGCCUACGCGACGCCCAUGGAGAAGCUCGCCGUCAAGGUGAACAACAAAGACCCCCGCGUCACGCCGCCCGACAGCGAGUGCCACCUGGUGCUGGCGGCGGACGCCGUGGGGCGGCACGGCGCGCCCCUGCUGCGCCAGCUGGCCGCCGCGCUGGCGCCGGGCGGCAUGCUGCUGCUGGAGGAGCCGCACGGCGUGCUGGCCGGGCGAGCGGCGCGCGAGGCCGUGGCCGCCGCGGGGCUGCAGCCGGUGGCCCGCCAGCGCGCCGCCGGCUGCGAGUACCUGCUGCUGCGGCCCGCGCCCUCUCUGCCGGCGGCGCGCCUCGUCGUCGAGGUGGGCGAGGACUCCUCCUACGGCUGGGUGGAGGCGCUGCGCGACGCGCUCAAGCGCGCCGAGAGCGAGGAGCUGCGCGUGUUCGCCGUGUCGCGCUCGGCCAGCAGCGGCGUGCUGGGGCUGGGCGCGUGCCUGCGCGGCGAGCCGGGCGGGCGCGCGCUGCGCGUCUUCUACCUGCCCGACGCGCGCGAGCCCUUCGCGCCCGACGCGCCCGCCUACGCCGCGCAGGUGCACAAGGACCUGGCCGUCAACGUGCUGCGCGCCGGCGUCUGGGGCUCCUACAGGCAUCUGCAGCUGCCCGACUCCGGCGAGCUGCAGCUCCAGGUGGAGCACGCGUACGUGAACACGUUGACGCGCGGCGACUUGGCUUCGCUGCGCUGGGUGGAGAGCCCGCUGCGCUUCGCCGCCGACCGGCCGCAGCCCGGCCGCGCGCUCUGCGCCGUGCACUAUGCGCCGCUCAACUUCCGCGACAUCAUGCUGGCCACCGGCAAGCUGCCGCCCGACGCGCUGCCCGGGGACCUGGCCGGACAGGAGUGCAUCCUCGGGCUGGAGUUCAGCGGGCGCACGGGCGACGGCAAGCGCGUGAUGGGCAUGGUGGCGGCGCGCGGGCUGGCCACCACGGUGCUGGCCGACGAGGGCUUCCUCUGGGAGGUGCCGGCGCGCUGGUCGCUGGAGGAGGCGGCCACCGUGCCCGUGGCCUACGCCACGGCCUACUACGCGCUGGCCGUGCGCGGCCGCAUGCGCAAAGGCGACAGCGUGCUGGUGCACGCGGGCACGGGCGGCGUGGGGCAGGCCGCCAUCGCCAUCGCGCUGCACGCCGGCUGCACCGUGUUCGCCACCGUGGGCACGGCCGACAAGCGCGCCUUCCUGCGCGACCGCUUCCCCGCGCUGCCCGACGCCCACAUCGGCAACUCGCGCGACACCUCCUUCGAGCAGCUGGUGCUGCGCCGCACGCGCGGCCGCGGCGUCGACCUGGUGCUCAACUCGCUGGCGGCCGACAAGCUGCUGGCCUCCGUGCGCUGCCUGGCCAACGGCGGCCGCUUCCUCGAGAUCGGCAAGCUGGACCUCUCCAACAACACCCCCUUGGGCAUGGCGAUAUUCCUGAAGAACACCACCUUCCACGGCAUCUUGCUGGACGCGCUGUUCGAGGCCGGUGACGGCUGCCCCGAGAAGGCGGAAGUGGUGCGCUGCGUGUCCGAGGGCAUCGCCAGCGGUGCCGUGCGUCCGUUGCCCAGCACUGUCUUCUCCGACCAGCAGCUGGAACAGGCCUUCAGGUAUAUGGCGACCGGGAAGCACAUCGGCAAGGUGGUGCUUCGCGUGCGCGAGGAGGCCAGCCACGCGCCGGCGCCCAAGCUGGUGGCCGCCGUGCCGCGCACCUACUUCCACCCCGACAAGAGCUACGUGCUGGUGGGCGGCCUGGGCGGCUUCGGGCUGGAGCUGGCCGAGUGGCUGGUGGUGCGCGGCGCCACGCGGCUGGUGCUGAACUCGCGCAGCGGCGUGCGCACGGGCUACCAGGCGUGGUGCGUGCGGCGCUGGCGCGCGCGCGGCGUGGCGGUGCGCGUGAGCACGGCCGACGCCACGGGCGCGGCGGGCGCGCGGGCGCUGCUGCAAGAGGCCGGCGCCGACGCGCCCGUGGGCGGCCUCUUCCAGCUGGCCGCCGUGCUGCGCGACGCCUUCCUCGAGAACCAGACGCCCGACGACUUCCGCGCCGUGGCGCGCCCCAAGAUCGACGGCACCAAGGCACUGGACCUGGCGACGCGCGAGCUGUGCCCCGAGCUGGAGUACUUCGUGGUGUUCUCGUCGGUGUCGUGCGGGCGCGGCAACCCGGGCCAGAGCAACUAUGGCCUGGCCAACUCGGCCAUGGAGCGCAUUGUGGAGCGGCGACAGGCCGACGGGCUACCCGGGCUGGCCGUGCAGUGGGGCGCCAUCGGCGAGGUGGGCCUCAUCGUGGACACGAUGGGCGGCGACGACAGCGUGGUGGGCGGCACCGUGCCGCAGCGCAUCGCCUCGUGCAUGGCGGCGCUGGGCACGUUACUGGCGCGCCCGCACGCCGUCACCGCCUCCAUGGUGCUGGCCGACAAGAGGCGCGCCGCCGCCGCGCCCAAACACGACCUCCUACAAGCCGUCGCCAACAUCCUCGGCAUCAAGGAUCCCAGCAAGGUGUCGCAGUCGGCCAACCUGGCGGAGCUCGGCAUGGACUCUCUGAUGGGCGCCGAGAUCAAACAGACGCUGGAACGCGGCUACGACGUGGUGCUGGGCGUGCAGGAGAUCCGCGCGCUGACGUUCGCGAAGCUGCGCUCGCUGGCGGGCGGCGAGGCGGAGGCGGAGGCGGACGCGGAGCCGGACGAGGCGCAGCGCGACGACGACCUGGUGCAGUUCGCGGCGCUGGGCGAGCUGGUGCCCAAGCAAGUGCUCGUCAGGUUGCCCAGCGCGGCGCCCGACGACUCCAAGGCGAAGCCCGUCUUCAUGGUGCACCCGAUCGAGGGCGUGGUGGAGCGGCUGCGCGGCGUGGCGAGUGGCGUGCGCGCGCCCGUCUUCGGGCUGCAGUGCACGCGCGCGGCGCCGCUGGCCGACAUGGCGGCGCUGGCCGCCUUCUACGUGGGCCACGUGCGCGCGGCGCAGCCCUCGCCGCCCUACACGCUGCUGGGCUACUCGUUCGGCGCCAGCGUGGCCUUCGAGAUGGCGCUGCAGCUGGAGCGCGCCGGCUGCGCCACGCGGCUGGUGCUGGUGGACGGCUCGCCCGCCUACGUGGCCACGCACACGGCGCGCGGCAAGGCCAAGCGCCUCGCGCGCUCGCCCGCCACCGACGAGGCCGACGCGCUCGCCUACUUCGCGCAGCUCUUCAAGGACCUCGACCAGGCCAAGUUGUACGAGGAGCUGGAGGCGCUGGGCAGCUGGGAAGAGCGGGUGCAGCGCUGCGUGGCGCUGCUGCAGGAGGCGCCGUACCCGCCCGCCGCGCUGGCCGACGCCGCCGCCUCCUUCUACCGCAAGCUGGUGGCCGGCGACACGUACAAGCCGGCCGGCCGGCUCGCUGCGCCCGUCACGCUGUUCACGGCGCGCGACAACUACGUCACGCUGGGCGAGGACUACGGCCUGGCCGAGGUGUGCGCCGGGCCGCUGCACACGCGCCAGCUGGCCGGCAACCACCGCUCCAUCCUGGCGGGCGAGGCAGCGCGCGCCAUCGCCGACCACCUGUCGCUGCUGCUGGAGCAGCCGCCGCAGCCGCAGCAC